AAGGGGCGGCCCGGCGGCAGCGCCGCUCUUCCCUUCCCGUCUCGUCCCGGCCCGGCCCGGCCCUUCCCCGGGGCACUGGGGGUCAUCUCCAUGGCGGCGGCGGCGGCAACGCUGCUGCUGCGAGCGGCGGGCCGGGCCCUGCUGAGCCGUGCCGCUCCCCUGCCCCGCGCCGAGCGCAGCAUUAGCGACUGCGGAGGGGCACGCUGGGCGCCCGCGCGGCCCGGCCUCCCCGUGCCUCUGUCCUCGCCCCUGGCAGGGCUCUCCCGGCCCAUUCGCAUUAAAGAGCCUCCCAAGCGCAAGCCGGUAGAUCGGUGGACGAAGAAGCGGGCCUUGUUCGGGGUGUAUGAUAACGUGGGGAUCCUGGGUGGCUUCCAGAUCCACCCGAAGAAUCUCAUCAUGGGGCCCACUUGGCUGCGAGGCUGGCGGGGGAACGAGCUGCAGAGGUGCAUCCGCAAGAAGCAGAUGGUGGGCGAUCGGAUGUUUGUAGAGGACUAUCACAAACUCAACAAGAGGAUCCGGUACUUGUACAAGCGCUUCAAUCGCACCGGAAAGCACCGCUAAGGCUUCAGCGUGUGGAGUGUACUUUUGUGGCAUUGCACUCAGAAUAAAGCCAGCUUUCACACAA